CAUCUCUACUCGUUUGGUUCUCUCUCACUCUACUGCUUUGGAAAAUAUAGGAUACAAAAAUGGUGCCAUUAACCUCUUGUCGGAAAGCGACCUGUUAAUUCUCUUGUAGAUUUCUUCCUUAUAUUCGGCAAAAAGCUCUUGGAUUAUUUAUGAAGUGAUUUCUGGUCGGAUCGACGAUGAAAAUCGCCGCGGUCGCCGUUGCUGUGCCCAUUGAAGGUGACAACAUGCAGGACAUGUUUGAUUUGGUCCCUGAAGAUGACGUCCAUUUCCGUGUACGUAGGGCCACCUGCGAUCUUAUCGGUGGUGGUAUCGGUGAUAGCCUUUGCGCCGCGCACUGCCUAGCUAAAGGAUAUCGCGGAGGUUACUGCAACAAUAAACGUGUCUGCGUAUGCCGCAAUUAGCACUGAAUUCUUGAAGACAUGGAUGAAGAAACAAUUGAAGGCUUGAACAUUAACUACCUGUGGAAGCACGGAAAACACGUUUUGUUAAGAUUUUACCAGCGCUUGUAACUCCUGUCCUUCUCCCUCAUCUAUAGUUUUGUUUAUAAUAAAUAUUUAGGUAUCUAUAUAAAAAUUAAUAUUACAUUUUUGUAUUACACUCUUGUUUUUGUAUUACACUCUUCAAAAAUACACAUAUACUGUACGCACAGAGAGAAUAUAAAUCUUUUUUCAUGUAAA